GUUUUUAUUAGGUGGACCAUGUCACUUUCUGAGGCGACAGGGACGUGGCAAUCCAUUUCGGCUCCAGUUUAGGGAAAGGUAAACUUAAUAUUUUGCUGUUUAGGAACGACACAUACUAAAUCUAUAAAACUAAAUCACCUCCCUGGAAAGCUUCCGGCCUCCUUGCAAACAGGUUUAACGACUUUGUUUGAAAACAACAGGGUCGCAAACGUGGGAUAAAACACAUCCAUUUUCUUGAAAAACAGAAUUUUAACAUUAAGCAGUCGUACAGUACCAAGCAAAGAUGAGCUGCAACACUCUGCUGACUAUAGCAGUGUGGACGGUGUUGGUGGUGUUGGCCGUAGGCUGUGACGAGCAGUGCACGUCGGCGUUCCAGCAGCGCCUAGCGGAGGCGGCACAGGGCGGCAAUGCUUCAUCCUCUCUACAGAGAAGUUGCGAGGCAAUCAAACUGCACCUUCAGUGCCUGGGCGAGAUCCGGGCCAGCUGCAACGCCAAUCAGAUUCAGAUGGUGAACAGCACCAUCGCCACCAUGCAGGCAAACUACGACAGGUCCUGUACCGAGGGAAGUGCCGGAGCCGAGGUAGACAACUGUGGAGCACGCUACGUGGUCUGCAACGAGAAGUUCAACGCCACCUUCUUCCCCGCGCUCAAUGCGUAUGAUCUUACAGCGGCAUGCGGCUCCCUGAACAACUACACGGCGUGUGUGGAGUCGCUCCUCACGUCCUCCGACUGCUCUCAGUAUGCAGGCUACGCCGUCAACACCAUCAACGGCAUCAGGACCCGCUACUCGUCCACUUGUCAGGGAGACACUGCAACCACUGGAGCCAACAUGGCGCGUUGUCUUAAUGGAACCAUGGAGUGCUUCACAACCUUCAACAGGACGUUCUUCCCAUCUGUCCGGAAGUCAGACAUGAGGCUCAUGUGCAGUUCUGUGUCCAACUACUCCAAGUGCAUCAACGCCCUGGCUGCCGACACUUCCUGUAAUCAGUACACGUCCCAGGCUGUCUCCAGCAUACAGGUGCUCGAACAACAACACCAGGUGGCGUGCGGCGCGGAUGGCGGGGCCAAAGCCACUGCGUGUUUGAGAAGCUUCAGGGACUGUUAUCAGCACUUCAAUGAAACCUUCAACCCAGCCGUUCAAGCCAUGAACAUUGAGAAACUAUGCGAGUCCAUGGACGAAUACAAGGUGUGUUCAGUUGGAAUACCUGACGACUGUGACAAGUACCUGGGCCAGUCCAUUGACGGCCUGGACAGGAUGCAGGCCCAGUACUCUCAGUACUGCACCCCAGAGAACAAGAUGAUAUUUGGCUGCAGCCCCCUGUCCAAGUGUAACCGAAACCUGAUCGGUAACCUCACCGUCACAGGGGCGGAGUCAGGCAUGCUGUGCAUGGUACUCGAGACGUACUUCCCCUGUGUGGACGAGGCGGUCAAGCAGUGCCAACUGUCUGGGGACGGGAUAUCCGCCAUCUCCUUCCGUGAUCUCGGCCUCCUCUCGUCCAGAUACUGCCGGUCAGUGCUGGCGAACCCCGCCAUCAAAAGCUGCAUGAACUUCAUGCAGUGUCACGCCGCCCUUGACCUUACCAACAUGAGCCCCAGCAUGAUGGUGGAAGGAACCUAUUGGUGCCACUACAUGGAGUCGUCGCUCAUAUGCAGCUCUCAGCUCAUCAACGCCGGCCACUGUAACGUCCGGAACAGAAACGACAUGAUCAACAACAUCCAACGUCUCCGGCAGAUGCAACAGACGACGUGUACAAUAACCACACCCGCACCGACAACGUCAACGACUACCGCUAUGAAAACAACAGAACCGCUGAAGGAAGAUUUAAGCAAGAAAGAUGACGACAAGAAACAAGACAAGGUCACAGGGAAUUCAGAUUCUGCAUCUACCUUGACCUUGAGCUUUGUAACCUUGGCCCUGACCUUCCUGGUGACCAUAUUCCACCGUCAUUCGUGAAACGAUUGACCCGUUAGUGGAUAAAGUCAAAUAUGAUGACGAACAAAACAGACUGCCCUCCAGUAAUGCCAGUCUCAGCAACUAUAAGCCAACAUCAGUUGAAUGGAUGUUCUCGAAAUUUGUGGAGAAUAAUUUGAAACUUAUGUUUCUAUCAUCAGUCAUGGUUCGUUGUCGUUAAGAAAUUUAAGAAGUCAAUAAAAAUCUCUUAACACUGACCCUAAAAUCUUUGAACAUAUAAUUUGGUUUGUACAUUAUUUUCGAAAUAUUCUGCAAUUUUUCAUAAUUGGAUAUGCAUUUGUGUGGUAUUUGCUAGCUUAGUGUCAUAGAGUAAUAAGACUCUCAUGUAUGCACGUAACUGGGGUGUAUUCACGAAGCUAUCUCAGCUGAGCCCAGUCUUAGGGCUCACGAUGAAAUUAACACUACAACAAGAACUAUUGUGGAAGGUAUGUCCAAAUUCUGACGACAUGCAACUCCACGGUUAAUUUUGAAACUGCCUAAUGUUGUUUGAUCAAACAGAGGUUUCAAAUCACAAAUUUACCUCUUAUUCAAACGUUUGAUGUGACGGCCGCAUCACCACGGAAGAUGCUAUUUAUUGAAGUUCCUCUUUUCUCAAUCAUUGUCGUAACGAUACAGUUGUAGGUUACAAACUGCAGUUACUUCAAUAUUGUAUGUGGGUAUAGUGGCCCACCGCCCACAUAAAGCUAUCACGCCGUGAUAUAAUUGAAAUACUGUUCAAAGUAGAAUAAAACUUUACUCACUCACACAAACCCCUUCACAGUUCCGUCAGGUGGCGAUGACGGCACCUAUCAUCGCCAGAACCGUGAACCCUGCGUUAGCUUCGUGUAUAGACUCCUGGGUAGCAUUUCACAAAGCGAUCUUAGCACAAUGACUGUCAAGACCCCCCUAGUUUUACACAGAUCUACGGCAGUCAUUACACUUGGAGUGCUUUGUGAAACCAGCCCGCUGUAUGUACUUCGCUUUUAUGACUGACCUGUUUGUAAAUAAAGUGGAAUUAUAUAUGUAUGUUUUCUGUGUAAUUGACACUUAAAUGAAGUGGAAAUGACAUUGGGACUGCAACUUACAACUUGUUCAUCUUACUGCUCCAGUAACGUGUUAUUAUAUUCAUAUAUAUAUAUGUUGUGAAUGUACAUUAUAACUAUAUCUGUCAGUGUGGUACUUGUGUACAAACAUUUUACCUGCCACGACCUACUUACACAGUAUAGACAUGAGAAUGAAAGCUAGAUCAGUGUAGUAUUAUAGUAUUCGUGUAUAUAAAUCGAUGUCAAAUUAAUUUUGAUUUUUGCGAACAUUUGAAUUUAAUUAUACACAUUUAGGUUUGCUAUAAGAAGUAAAGGAUUUUGGUGUUAAUAAAUGUUUUACAUAAUUGUUAGAUGCGUAUGCUGUAUAAUGUUAAAAUUUGAUCAUUUCGAUUUACAUAUGAAUGUUUGUUUUAAAGUUGUUCUUAUGAAAAGUAUAUUUGAAUGUUAUUUGUUCUCUGUGAUCAUGAUUAGAUAUAAGAUUGUUAAUCUGGGGUGAUUACUGUUUAUGGCCUAGUGUAAAUAUAGUUUUGAAUGUAAGAAUCAAGAAAAUUCAAAUAAUAGUGCUAUUAGAGUCUUGUGAAAAAAAACUUUUUAAUUGGAAUAUAAUGUGUUACCAUGGCAACAUGUAUUGUUUUAGUAUUUCAUAACCAACUUUUGCUCUGUAAUUACAUGCCAUUGCGUACGUCCUCUGAAAUAUGUUGGAGAAAGUCCGAGAAACAACAUUUUUAAUGGGGUAGAAUUUGUUACCAUGACAAAAUAUAUUGUAGUAUUCUAUAAAACAACUUUUGUUCUACAUGUAUAUGUGUAUGUCAUUGCCAACAGUUACCAUGACAACAGUAUGAUCGUAGUAUUUUAUAAACCAAAUUUUGUUCUAUUUAUAUGCUAUUUCAUACCUCCUCUGGAAUAUGUUCAGGAAUAGAGAGUUAAAUUGGAAUAGAAUUUGUUUCCAUGACAACAUGUAUUGUCUUAGUUUAUAAACGAACUGUUGAUUUAUAACUGUAUGUAAUUGCAUACGCCCUCUGAAAUAUGUUGGGAAAAGGACAUUUAUAAUUGGAAUAGAAUUUGUUACCAUGACAACAGAUAUUUUCUUAGUAUCUUAUAAACCAACUUUUUCUCAA